AUGGGUUUAGAAGAAAAGUUUCAGGAUCUUCAGUCGAUUUACAUGGAAUUGCUCAAUGAUGUCGAUUUUGAUAAGCCGUCAUUUAGAAUUACAAUGUACUUCAUCAUCUUCAAUCCAGUUUUUUGGAAUAUUGUAGCUAGAUUGGAGUACCAUACCCACUUCCUGUCAAGAUUUACCGGUAGUGCUAGAAGUGGUUGCUACACUUUGGCUGGUAGCAUUUUCUUGCUGGGUCUUGGUCGUGAUGUGUACUUCAGGAGAGCAUUGAACGAUCAACCGAAAUCAGCAUUGUUAGAUGAUGAUAGGAUUGCCGUCGCUGGUCGCUUCCUUGCUAUAAUUGGUCAAGUUCUAGUUGCUACUUCAAUGUGGAAACUACGUAUCACUGGUACUUAUCUUGGUGAUUAUUUUGGUAUUCUUAUGGAUGAAAUCGUUACCGAUUUCCCCUUCAAUGUCUCAAGCAAUCCAAUGUACCAAGGUAGUACUUUAACCUUUAUCGGUUACACACUGAUGGAGGGUAAAGCUGCUGGUUUACUACUUUCAUUCAUGGUUUAUUCCAUGUACUACUUUGCAUUGAAGUUCGAAGAACCAUUUACCGCCAUGAUCUAUGCGAAAAGAGAUGAAGAGAGAGCAAACCGUAAGAAGAAAGUUACGUAG